UGCGACCAGCAAGGUCACACUAUAAGGUUCUGUAACAUAAGGCGAGAGGAUGAGAAGAACGGGCUGAUUUCCUCCACCAUGGAUGAAAAUAUCUAUGACCAGUUUGGAAAUUUUAUUGACAAGAAGCUUGGCGGAGUGAGGGCGGAGGCCCAACGAAGAACGGCCGCCGGACCGCCACCCCUUGCCACGGUCAGGUUAUGGCAGGAAAAAUAUGGACCACCAAUUGGGGUAGAGGAAGUGGGAAGUAAUGAGGAAGUAACUCAGAGGCUACGAGAAGGAGGUAAGAGGGAAGAACCCAUAAUCAUCGAGUCGGACGACGAGGAAGAGGGAGAAAAGAUGGAACCUCUGCCCGCCUUGCUGGGGAAAAUGGAGGACCUGUUGAGCAAGAUGGGGAGGUACCAACAGAAGUUGGUGGACCUCUGUGAGGAAAUAAGGGAAUGGAGGUCUAACGUCCCCAAGGUAUUCCUUUAUGACUCUGUCCCGGAGUCAACGCUCGGGCGACCCGGAGUAAAUGUAGUGGGGUCGGGCCCGCGAACAGGGAUGAUGAUGGGACCUCUUACCCCGCAGGCCCGGUUGGCGCAGUCAGCGCGAACGCGAAGUCAUGUCAAGGCCAGUGCUAGCAAGGAACCUCCCCGAAGAGAGCCUGAGCCGGGAGGAAGGAAAGAGGUAGUGGAAGUGGAGGAUGAUAACGACGAGGAGGAAGAAGAUAAAAGGCUGCGCCACGAAGAGGAUCAGAGGGCGGAGCAAGGGGCUAAAAAAAGAGGGGACAGGGAAGAAGUUGAGCCGGUCUUGCACGAUGUGCUGCCUAAAAAGAAGAAAUACGUGGUCCGACUGGAAGAAAGGUUUGACGUAGAGAAGGUGAUCGGCAGGUUGUUAGAGGGGCAUAAUCAUCUUAUGACCUUGAAGGAAAUCUUGGCGUCGGCCCCAAAGCUCCACGAUGGACUGAAGGGGAGGUUGUCGUGGCGCUUGGUGCCCAACGUCCAUCUGGGUACGAUCCUGCCCAAGGAGGCGGAGUGGGCAGAAUCAGGCAUUGAGGGAGUAGGUCCUGGAGUGUCCCGAGGCAGGGAGAUUGGAGUUGGUGUAUUGUCUUCCGGAUGGCAGGAGGAACCCGGCGUUGGCGCAGGCGCAAUCUGUGAGUCGGCCUUUUUUAGGGGGCGGCUCAAGCAGGGUUCCCAAAGGCAGUACAAGACGGUAGACCAGAAGUGCCGCUUGGUCCCCGUCCUCGUUACUGAGGACGAGGAGGUGUACUAUGAACGAGAGCGGGGGUUGAUACGACGGAUGAAGGAGAGAGCCUCGGCAGAGCCAUGCUGUAUCAAUAAAGGGAACGAGGAGAAGUUGAUCAUAGGAGAGCCCGACUUCCUAUUGCCUCAGGAACGAGCCUUGAUGGUGGAGUUAAUGAAGAAGAGGCAUCGCGCCUAUGCAUUUAGCGACGAGGAGCGCGACAGGUUGGAUGUGAAUAAGAUACCUAUGAUCCGCAUUCACACCGUGCCACACGAACCGUGGAACCUAAGAGGGGCGCGAUAUCCUAAUCCUGACGAGGAAAAGAAGGUGGUGGACUACCUCGAUGGCAAGAUACGUACGCAUGUCGCCGACUACUCGAGUGGGCCGUACGCGUCACCGUGGUUUUGCUUUAUCAAGCCUAACGGGACGCUACGUCUAGUGGAAGAUGUGAGGGCAAUAGACGAAGGGUCAGGCCAGGUAGAAAGGCAUGAGGAACUGAUGGGGGGGAUGUAUCUCCUCGUCAACACACUACUGCAGAAAAACCUCGAUCAAGCAGGCUCGUUGAAUCCGACGGGGAAUGAGGACGAGGUGCCCGAGAGCCAGGACGACGAGUUUGAAGAGGGUGAGAUCAAAGAGGUCUUUCGUGCAGAGGAGUAUGAAGGGAUCUACCUGGAGUUGGGACUCCUUCUGUCAUGCGAAGUGCGGCUUAGAGAUGCGAGCGAUAGGGCUCAGAGAAUGAUGCAGUGCUACUUGGUGCGAGAUGGCCAUCUUUUCGUAAGGAGAGAAGUGAGGAAUCCCAUGAGAGUCGUCUGCGGUAGGAAUCGUCAGAUUGACAUCAUAACAACACUUCAUGAUGGCAUUGCAGGAGGGCAUCGAGGGGUACAAGCCACAUAUGCCAAAAUAAGUGAGUUGUACUACUGGGAUGGAAUGAUGAACAUGAUUGGGAAGUUUUGCCGAUCUUGCGUGCCCUGCCAGGAGAGAUCCCGUUUGAGGCUAGGAGAGUCGUUACAUCCAAGGUUGGAGCGAGAGGUGGGGGUUGUAGUGCAUCUCGAUCUACUUUUCAUGCCGCUUGGGGAUCAGGCCUAUAACUACAUCUUCGAUGCGCACGAUAACCUGUCUGGCUUCGUAGACGGACGUGCCAUUCAUACGAAGACUGGGCCAGUCUUGGUUAGCUGCAUCGAGGAGUACUACCUGCGUUAUCCUUUCGUCAGGGAGUUCGUAAUGGAUAGGGGAUCAAAGUUUACCUGCCAGGAGGUGCAAGAGCUGCUAUCAAGGUCUGACUUUACGAAGACAGUCAUGCCAAGAGGAGGGAAGGGGACACGGCCGCCACGAAGGCCGUUGGGGGCAUCAGGAGGAUAUGAGCGGCAUGGGCCUCGCCAUCGAGAGAGUACUCCGGUGUACGAUGAUGGGGACAUCGAGCUAUUCCUGGACAGUUUCUGGGAGCAUGCAAGGCGUAUGGGCUGGACCGUGGCCCAGGCGAUUGAGAGAUUGAGGGGAGCCGGCAGGUUCGAGAAGCCCAUUGCCCGGAUCCGUAGGGAGGCGACGACGAGGCCGGAGGUUGAGAUGAGGAUGCUGAAGCUACGACCCUCGCCUGGUACACCGAGAGAUGACUGGGCGAGGGCGCUACCCCUCUGGACUAGAAAGGCGGAGAGGCCACUGGCUGGGCAGAUCAGAGAUAUGACUCGGGAUUGGGAGAGCUGCAGGGCACACUUGAGGGAGGCCUUUCGACAGCCAGAGUCGCCUCGGCCCCGAGUUGAGAGGCGCCAGAGGAGCAGGAGGCAGAGGGACCCUGGGCCCAGUGAGGCAAGGCCAUCUCGAGGGGGACAGAAGGCCCUAGCCAGGAGAGAAGAGGAGUCGGAGCCUGAGGUUGAGGAGCGAGGGGCGUAUCCUGAGUGUGGGCUGGGACCGGUGGAGUUCCAUCAUUUUACCGAGGGUGGAUUGAGGAGGUCGCCAGUGCGUACACAGGAGGAGGCGCCAGCAUCUGAGGGGCCGCUGAGAGAGUUGGAGGCGCACCUGGACGUCUCUCGAUGGGGAACGUCGCCUCAAGGCGAGGAGCGUGGAGGACAGGCAGAGGAGGUGCCACGAGAGGAGGUACCACAAGAGGAGGCCCGGGACAUUCAGGGAGAGAGGAGGCUGGGCAAUGAGGGGAGACGUGCAGGGAAGGAAGUGAUAGAGGUUGGAGAGGAUACACCCCCUCGGACGCCAGCGGUGGGAUUGAGGCUUGGGGAUACACCAGGGAGCAUUCGUCAGGCAGAAGAGAGAUUGCAGAGAGAGGAGGCCCCAUUGCCUUCAUCAGAAAAGACUCCUUUGUCAGAGAGAAGAACAGAAAGGAGGAGAGAGACUGCAACUAUAAGGAGAGAAGCCUUGGCCUUGAUUGACAGGCACCUAUCAGCUCAUGCCCUGGAGCACCCAGACCUGGAGGAGCCAACACCUACAGAGUUGCGCUAGGAGCCGUGCCAGCCUGAGAAGGAGGUGGAGACAGAGAUCCCGAAGAGGGUCGACCAUCGCACGAGGAAGAGGGCACCAGCUGGCGAAACAGCUGAAGAAAAAAGGGCGAGAAGAAGCAGGAGAAUAGAAGAGAUAUGGCAGGAGAGGCAGAGGUUGGAGGCAGCGGGGGCACUUCCGGAGCAGCAGCAGGAAAGACAGAGAUUGGAGGCAGCAGGGGCACUCCCGGAUUAGCCACCCAGCGCGCCAGCUAAGGCCUCUGAAAUCCCAUAGAUGUGGAGAGACUUCUGAGAGCAAAGGGGAGAGGGGUUUCCUUCCCCAACAAAAGCUGGAUUCGAGG